AGUCGAUUGGAAUCCUUCGCUUCAUCUCGCAGACCCAAGGUCCGCUAGGAUUCGACUCUGUACCGACUCGCUGACGAGCUUCCCUACUGACUGACAGUGAUAUGGCUUGGCGCAACCAGGGAGUCACCGGCUCCAACAACGUCCCCCUGGGCCGGAGACGGUUCGGCGACGACGGCCAGGAGGAGGAGAGUCGCACCGCGACGCCGGCCUCUGUCGCUGGGGAUGGCGCCUACAAGCGUGGGCGGAGCCCUGUUCGAGCUGACCCUCCCGCCGACGGUGUCAAGAAGCGCAAGAAGCGCAACCGUUGGGGUGAUGCGCAGGAGAACAAGGCCGCCGGCCUCAUGGGCCUGCCCACCAUGAUCAUGGCCAACUUCACCAACGAACAACUGGAGGCGUAUACGCUGCAUCUGCGUAUCGAGGAGAUUAGCCAGAAGCUGCGGAUCAACGACGUGGUUCCAGCUGAUGGUGAUAGAUCUCCCUCUCCUCCUCCCCAGUACGAUAACUUUGGCAGACGUGUAAACACAAGGGAAUACCGGUAUCGGAAGCGGCUCGAGGAUGAGCGCCACAAGCUCGUCGAGAAGGCGAUGAAGACCAUUCCUAACUACCACCCGCCCUCUGACUACAGACGGCCCACUAAGACCCAGGAGAAGGUCUACGUGCCUGUGAAUGACUAUCCAGAGAUUAACUUCAUUGGCUUACUCAUAGGUCCUCGUGGUAAUACCUUGAAGAAGAUGGAGACCGAGUCCGGCGCGAAGAUCGCGAUCCGUGGCAAAGGCUCCGUCAAGGAAGGAAAGGGUCGCUCUGAUGCCGCUCAUGCCAGUAACCAGGAAGAGGAUCUACACUGUUUGAUCAUGGCAGAUACUGAAGAGAAGGUUAACAAGGCGAAGAAGCUGGUGCACAACGUUAUUGAGACGGCUGCAUCCAUUCCCGAAGGUCAGAACGAGCUCAAGCGGAACCAGCUCCGAGAGCUGGCCGCGCUCAACGGUACCCUCCGUGAUGAUGAGAACCAGGCUUGCCAGAACUGUGGCCAAAUCGGACAUCGCAAGUACGACUGCCCUGAACAGCGCAACUUCACUGCCAACAUCAUCUGUCGUGUCUGUGGUAACGCAGGCCACAUGGCUCGGGAUUGUCCCGACCGCCAGAGAGGCUCCGAUUGGCGUAAUGGCGGCGGCUACGGUGGCGGCGGCGGCCGCCGAGCCAUUGGUAGCGGUGACGCCGUCGACCGGGAGAUGGAGCAACUUAUGCAAGAAUUGUCUGGUGGUGCUCCUGGAGAGGACGGCCACGUACCGCGUCGCAUCGAGGCUGGACCCGAUCAGGGCUACGACGAUCGUGAUGUGAAGCCGUGGCAGCGUGGCCCGCCUCCCAGUGAUGUGGCUCCUUGGCAGCAGCGAGGCCGCGACCGCCGCGACGACUAUGGACCUCGCGAUCAUGGCGGUGCGGCUCCAUGGGCUGCACAGGGCCGUGGCGGUCACGGCGGCCACGGUGGUCAUGGCGGCGACUACGGCUAUGGCUCUCACGGUGGCUACGGCGCUCCUGGAGCUGCAGCCCCAUGGCAUCAAGCGCAAGCUGCGCCUCCUCCGCCUCCGGGUGGACAGGCCGCCUAUGGGUAUGGAGGUUAUCCUUCUUACUCUGGCAUGGGAGCUCCCGGUGCUCCUCCUGGCUUGAGUGUGCCACCGCCUCCCCCGGGCAUGCCCUCGAUGUAUCUUGGCAACAGUGGCAGCCCUCCCCCUCCCCCACCUGGCGAGGGACCACCUCCUCCGCCCCCGAGCGAGCAGCCUCCUCCCCCUCCCCCUCCUGCUUGAAAAGUUUGCGUUUGUAACGACGAAGGCCCGCUGGUUUCAGCUGCUGGAUAUGAAUCAUGAGAGUUGCUGGAUAUGGUUCGAAUGAAAAUCGUCAGACACUCGUGGGGUGGUACGGUGGCUUACAUGGUAGGGCGCAUGAUUCUGGAUUCGACUGGACUGCGCGUCAGGCCUGCUACUUUCCAUGCGUAGUUUAUUAGUGUACUAGCUAAUCAAUAUUGAAAUUAUUUUAUG